GUUACUAUGAUUUGAAUGCGAUGUAUCAGUCAAUCGAUAGAUCUUCUCUAAUGAAAAUGAAAUCCGCGGUUGCUUUCCUUGCCUUGUUGGCUGUGGCACAUGCCCAGUUCUUAAAUCAGGGUCGUCGUCCAGCUUUCCCCUCUCCUCCUCAGCCACAACCCACGCGCCCUCUUGCCCCCAGCCCUAACAGAUACGCCGGCAAUGACGCCAAUGCUAACAUCGUCCGCUACGAGGACAAUGUCGAACCUAAUGGCGCCUUCAGUUAUGCCCUGGAGACCGACAACGGUAUCGCCGCCCAGGCCCAGGGUACUCCUCGUGAUUUCGGAGGCAACCCCCCAGUGGCUCCCGUCGUAAUCCAGGGCUCCUACUCAUACUUGACCCCCGAGGGUGAACAGGUCGCCAUCUCCUACGUCGCUGAUGAAAACGGCUACCAACCCUCUGGUGCCGCUUUACCCACCCCACCUCCAGUGCCGCCCCAGAUCCAGCGCGCCUUGGAGUUCAUCGCCAGGAAUCCACCACGCCAAUGAGAAGCUAUUUAGAACAAACUGUUCACGUGAAACAUAUUUAUUGUUAACAGUUAAAUAUUAAAACGUGAUAUUAAUCCUAA